AUGCGAGAGAGCUUCACGGGUAAAUACGUGAAUACCAAGCGGAAUGUUGGCAUGAAGAUAGUUGGCGCCAACGCUGGCAGUGCCGUCGUUGUCGGCGUCGGUGUCGGCGUCGGCGUCAGCGUUGGCAGCGGCAGCCGGUACAAGGUGACGGCUCGAUGUGUGCCCGAGGUGAGCAUCACAUCGCCCACCAGCCUCCACCAACAGCAGCAACAACAACAACAGCAACAACAAAAUCAACAUCAUCAACAACAACAACAACAACAUGAUGCACCGAAUAAACACAUAACGCUGCUGCGCAGUCGAUCACAGCCCACGUCUAACAGCAUUUUCUCGCCAGGCUUAGGCUUAGCCGUUGGCAGCGCCACUCUGGUCGAGGAGGAGGAUUUCACAUUGCUGACGGCAGAGCUGCCAGUGCUCAGUGGCAGCGGCAAGAAUGUGUUGCAACGCCAGCUGGCGACAACCACACAACUAGAGGAGAAGCAGCAGGAGGAACUGGACCAGCAACAGCAGCAGCAACAGUCCAUUGGCGAUAUUGGUGAGGUGCCCAAUGAGCUGACACCGCUGGUGGAGGAGCAUUGCAGUGCCGCUGCCACAAUCACAGCGAAUCCAACGACGACCAAUCGCUAUAGCCACAACUCAAAGACGACACGCUCCUGGCCCGUCAUCUAUCGCAAUCCCCAACACUGUGACUACGAGGCACUCUACGUGCAACAGCAACAGCAGCAGCAGCAACAGCAACAAUCGUCGCAAUCCUUCAAGCAGAACUGCUAUUCGAAUCAGUUCAAGCAAUCGAUUGUCUACUCCAGCAGCAAUGAGGAGCUGCCUGGUGGCCCAGAGCUAACGGAGUUGGCGCCACGACAAACCACUUGCUACUAUUUUGCACCCAGUCGACACAAUAGCAUUUAUGAGCAUCCCUCUUCCGUCGUUGGGGGUUCCUUGCAGUUUGACGCCGCCGGCAACGCAGCGACAACAGCGGCAGCUGCCGCCGCCGUUGAGAGUCUGAGGCGAAGCAACAGCAUCCUACUCAGGCAAAACAGCUGCGCCAAGGUAAUACAGCGACGGGGGAGUGGCAGUGCGGCUGGUGGCGGCGCCGCCUUAGACACAUCCACAUCGCUCAGCUCACACAUGGACGGAUUAGGCAUGGGCAGUGGUACGGGCGCCAGCGCCUGUUGCUCAAGUUGCUGCAUGGGACCACCUCCGGUUUUAUUCCUCUUUGUCACACUGCUGAUGACCACCAGUGCGACGGCCAUGUUGUGUGCCGCCAUCAUGACUGACCACUGGGAGCACGUGACGUGGGAUCGCAACAGUCUGGAUCGCUAUUCGAAUCGAUCCGGUCUGCAUCUGGAGUGGCUCCUCGAUGAGCAGGUGGCCAUGCUCAAGCCGGACAAAAGAGCCGAUCAUCGUUUUCGACGCGAUUCAGUAUUUUUGGUGCCGAUGCACGGCGGCAUCUGGACACUGUGCAUCGAUUUGCCGAUGCAGCAGUUGCAGGAGCUGCGCCGUAAUCCAAAGUUUCCGCGCGGUGCACCGCCGUGUGUCAACUACCUGGCCGGGUCCAUGGAGAAUGCGCGUGGCGAGGAGCAGCGCAACGACUGGCAGCACAGUGAGUCCCAGGCCAUCACACUGCAGCCGCAUCUGAGUACGUAUUGGGGCCGCAAUCCUGCCCCAACCAAGCCAAAUCUAAAUCCAAUCCUUGUCACACACAACACGUUCGUUUUUGAAAGCAACCUUUAGUUUCUUGUUUUCUUU